AUGGCCGCCACGCAGAAGCGCCUCAUCCUCCUCGGCGCGACCGGCGAGACAGGCCGCCAAGCUCUCGCCGCCGCCCUCGCCGACGCCCGCAUCUCGACCGUUCUCACGCUCGGCCGCACCGCGCCGCCCGUUCCCGCCCACCACAAGCUCCGCCACGAGUCGCUCGACUUUGAGGCCCUCCUGAGCGAGGGCACGGCGGGCGGGCCCGAGACGGCCAAGCUGCGCGACGCCGACGCCGACGCCGUCCUCAUCGCGCUCGGCACGACGCGCGCCAACGCCGGCAGCGCAGAGCGCUUCGAGCGCAUCGACCGCGAGUACGUCCUGGCGGCGGCAAGGGCGGCGCGCAAGGAGGGCAAGGAGCAGUCGGUCGUCUACGUCUCGUCCAAGAGCGCCGACUCGUCGUCGUUCUUCCCCUACUCGAAGUCGAAGGGCCUCACGGAGGAGGGCUUGGCCGCGCUGGGCUAUGCACGAGCAGUGAUCGCCAGGCCGGGCGUCCUGCUUGCGCCGGGUGGGCGAGGCGAGCGGCGCAUCCCUGAGCAGGUGGCUGUUGCCCUCGUCCCUCGCCUUCCCUUCAUCGGCUCGUCGCUCUCCAUCUCGACCGUCACGCUCGGCCGCGCCCUCGUCAACGCCUGCCUGUCGACCGCACCGCUCGGGCACCAGGAGACGCUCGCCGGCCACCCUGCGACGAUCCUCGACAACAACGACGCUCGCGCGCUCGGUGAGGCCGCUUGAGCCUCGUCUCUCCCUCUCGUCGACGAUGCGCUCCUCUCCCUCGUCAUUUUUUGUUCUCUCGCCGGUCGCGGGUUCGUAAUCUCAGUUUCUCGAGCACGUC